UGACUUAGUCAUUUAGCGUUAUCCAAGCGAGAUGGACCUUCGAAAUGUCUUUGACAAACCCCAGCAUCACCAGCUGGGGGACGGUGCUGCGACUGCGUCGAAAAACGAAACCUUGUACGUUCAACUUCCAUCUCACCCUCCAAACGACCCUUCCGAGAAAGGCAUCUCGGAGAUGCGGAAAGUGCUUUCGUUGAUAAUAACAAGACUUCGAGACCGUGAGAAGCCACCUUCCGUCUUCGCCCAGCUUGCAUCGGAGGCCGACAAGAAACAUGCAAACAGAAUUGAUGCAAUGGUUGCAAGUUUCAAAGAUGCUGAUGUUGCUGCUGACGCCUAUUCUACGGAUGAGACGUUGGAUCUGAUGACACAGCUUCGACAUACAUUGCUGGUGGCACGCAAAAAAGGAUGGGAACUACUUCCUUCAAAAGCACCCCCCCAAGCACCCUCGGACCGCUCGAGAACCAAGUCGCCGACACCUAGGCCUUCCCCGUUUCGGAGGAGGAAGACCACCCCUGAGCGUGCACAGUCUUCAGAGUUGGCUUAUGACGAGGCUGAUAUACGAUCCGCAUGUCUCGAUCUCGCUCAAGGCGCCCCUCACGCUCUACAGGCAGUGACCCUAGAUGUGGCAUUAGCAGUAUUGGAACCAGAGCCAAAACCUCAUACACUCUCAGCUGUCGCUUUUGCUUUAAUCCCUGGAUUCUACACAUUUCACCCUCGCUUCCAUUCUCGGCUGCUACAGUUCUUCGAGGAAGCAAUUCUCGGGACACUCUUGGAGUUGCUGCAGAAAACUCAAGGAUCAUAUCAGUUGUUGAUGGAAUCUACCAAGGCACUGGAAUUUAGCGCGCUCACGUCUACCCCCACUAUUGCUAUUUCCAUCGAAGGAGAGGGAAAAAGAACAUCGUCCCAUUCUUUAUGGUCAGCCACUGGCUCAAACCUCCGCAUAUUGAGUACCACAGCUCCAUUUCAAGCUAUGGACAUCUAUCGUCUAGGCUCCGUGGUGCCGCCUUUGCUAUCUGCUGUUCUCGACUGUGUGGAGAUCAACGAUUCGUCCGUAGAAUCUCUUGAACUGUUCCGUGCUGUUCGUGUUCUUGAGAUGAUUGCAGCAGGGAAGCUGGACAGCUAUCUUGACUUGCUGCAAGUAAUUGCGUACCAUUCGAGCGAGGCUCGGUAUCGUGCAUAUUCUGUUAUUGGUCAUGUCACUGCAUCCGUCCCUUUCCCUGUUGUUUCAAAGCCACCGCGCCCCAGGGACGUGAAACGUCUGAAAGUGCAUGGGAACGAUAAUCCCUUUGAUCAUCAGUUUAUACCAUGGAGAUUUCAAGCGCUCAUUCGGCGGUCGACUGUGGCUACGACUGGAGGUCCUUCUGCGUUGACAACUGAUUACCCAACUUCCUGUCAGGUUUGCAAUGAAUCCAUUAGUGGUUUCGGUUUGAAAUGUGUGCUCUGCCCAUGUGCACUUCAUUUCAUUUUCUUUUCGCAGUAUCCAUCAGCGCAAGAUUCAGAGACACAGCGAUUGGCAGUCACCCGAUUUUCGCGCAUUUUACCGAGACGCAAAGGCGAGUUGGACUGUGUCUCAAUCAACAAUCACCACUUCCACAUUGUGAACUUGUUUACCUUAACGCUUUGUUUCGUAUGUCGAUUACCUAUUUGGGGUUGUACAUUGCAAGGUUUGCGCUGCGACAAGUGCCACCUGUUCGUGCACCAUACUUGUAUAAGCGACCAGUUCAACGAGUGCAACGCGAGCCCUCCUACGUCUAAGCUCCCAUUCUUUGAGGACAUUUCUAUUCUUCAAGGUGUUCUAUGGACUCAGCUGCAAAUACUUAUGAACGGCAUUGCCUCUGGAUCUAUCAUCAUAGAACAACCCAGUCCCUCCACUGAUCUUGGUAGAGAGAACCGUGUGGAGGAAUUUGAGCUGCAAUACUGCGUCAGAAUCUACGAGGCUUAUCUUGCCUCUGGCCGUAAUCCAAAGUCAUCACCCUUGGAAUAUUAUCAGCGCUUGCACCGAUCAUCCGUUGACACGUCUAUCCUGUUUGAUUGGUCAUUACUGCUGUAUAUAGUCGCCACCUCCAAUUUACUCAGCGUCCAAACUACCCUCCCACCUCAUCCACCCUCUCCACCGCAAGUAUCAGAAAUUGUGUCUCUAGCUCACAUUCGUGAUGUUUUGGGAUCGGAGAUGAAUGUGAAGUCUGAUGUCGCAGCUAAGCAUUGUUUCUUUCGGAGAGUCGAUGGACAGUUUAGAUUAUUUGAUGACAGGGAUGCGCCCCCAAACCAGAUUUUCUGCAUAUUUCCUCUCCCAGUUCUUCUGGAUACAUCCGUGGAUGUCGAGACCUUGGUCGCUGCGAUUGAAGCAUCCCUCGCGGAUAUCGAUCUUUCGGUGAACGAGUCGGCAUUACUGCUCCUGAAUCAGCGUUGUCCGCCAAACAUAUGGGCUUCCGAGUACGGUUUAGGUCGUCUAGCCCGAGCAAUACUCUCUUGGAUUUGUACGGAUGAUGAUCGCCUUAUUCGAGUUGCAACUGAAUUUGCCUCUCAGAAACGCCCCCUCCCAGGCGUCCUACCGGCAUCUACGGCUCAUUUUGGCGGAGAGUAUGUCAGUGCAAGACGUGUGCUGCUGAAUCGAUAUAUUGUCCCUUGGAUGCGGGCCUUACAUGCGUUGGACGCAAAUUCUUACGCUGGCAUCCUGUUUGACUUCUGCCGAAGUCAAGCGGCGGAGAAAUGGAGUGACCCCAUCUCUCUUGAGGAUGAUGUCCGUGCUUCCAUUAAUUCGACAGAUUUAGGCGAUGAGAUGCUGCGUAUUAUCCUGAAACUUUGUCACUCCUCUGUCAUAUUAUCAUGCUUCGACGCGGUAUUUGUAUCCUGGUUGGAUGCUGUCUCUGGCAUGAAUUCGAAUAUUCAGCCGGUACCAUAUCCAUUCCUGCCAAGGCUUUUCAAUAUGGAUGCGGAGGCUUUACAUUAUGCCUCCCAGAGUGAAAAGCCAGCCGCGACCGAGCUCAACGAUGGCUGGCAGGUAGAUCCAUGGAAGGUGAUCACCGAUGGUGCUGCGGAAGGUCCUUCAGGAAUGCAACGCACUCUUCGAUGGCUGGAAUUGCUCGCACGUUCGGGUGUGAGCAUACCCGUUUCGACCUACAAGCAGAUGGCUGCAUACUUGCGUGACUCAGACGCAGCGUUUGAAAUGCACCAAGCUCUCACAAGGUGCUUCACAGCGACUUGCUGGCUGAAAUCGCACGGAGCUCAGGAUCUCCUUGGUUUGAUUGCUACCAUUCAUGACCGACUAGCGGGAUGGAUAUCAAUCAAUUAUGUCCACGAUGAUAAGCGUGACAAAAUCGAUAAUUUCAUCCGGUUAAGCAUGGCAGCGUGCCUCCUUUUGUACGGAUUCGAUCGAGAAUAUGUGGUUUCCAUAGGCUUAAUAGAGCCGUCGGAACAACGUGAUUUUCCAACAAGGCGGAAAUUUACUGGCUUUGGUGCCAUCGAAUCUGCGACGUUAGCUCUGAAUAUUGAACUAGUGAACAUUCUGUCCCGUUAUGUGACCUUUCUUAGACCAGAGAUUUCGGUACUGGUCGCCGCAUUUUUGGAUUCAGUCGUUUCAGACUCUUCGCCAUUGGGGAAAAACGAGGUGGAUAGCUUCAUUACUAUCAAUGCCUAUGCGUUGAAUACCUGUGUUUGGUCGUUUUAUGGCUUGCAACUGCCGAAAUUGAGCCUCAUCCGGUCGCCUUUAUUGCUCAAACUCCUCAUCGUUGAUUCAAAACCCAUGGAGAUGAUCAUUACAGAGACGCUCAGUGACCCAGACUCUGGACAUAGACAGCUGGCUAUUCAAAAAAUGCAUCUUAUUUCUCUUGACAUAAACUCUGAACCCUUCCAAAUGGAGGAUCGUCAAUGGCGACAUUGUGUUGUCCCGGUGCUUCGUCUGUUCUUUGCGUCUUUGUGGAACGACCCAUCCGAAGAAAAUAGACAAAUAGUUGAUGUCGCCUGCCAAUCAUUCCUACAAGUGCAUCUCGAUGCCAUUUCCAGGUGCUGGGAUGAAUCCCUCCUGAAAGCACCCAUUGGGGAACGAGUUCGACUUGUCAGGUUUCUCCUUCGGCUUCAUCCUUAUUUUCCUACUUGGAGGGUUCUCUCAUGGGACGCAAUAGUUGAUUCGAUGCUAGAAGAUGAUCUUAUCAGCUCGCACGGUGUAGAUGACGGAAGCAACAUCAUCGCGCAAAUUUUUUCUUCAGAAAUCAUCGAAGAGCCCUCGAACGAGUCUGAUAUGACAUUGUUACGAACCUUGCUUGUAUCGCUGAGUUUGCAGUUCAUUGGUGAUGGUAUACGAGUUGAUGUGUUCACUGUUCUCAAGAUUAAGCAUCAUCUUGCAAGAGUGCUCUCAUUCUCUGAAUCUCGUCUCAUGCAAAACGUAAACGGGACGGUUCAUAUCCAUCUAGGAUCCAUAACAUCCAUUCCUCCUACGGCUUAUCCAUGUAUAAGUAGCCUGAAGCGAGCUAUUGACGGACCAGGGAUGGUAGAUCUUGCUCCAUCCGCAAUGGGUUUUAAAACCGUCCCCGAAGCCAAUGCACCCUGCCUAGCCGGGAGUGUAUUCGAUGACAUUGUGAUAGCGGUUAUUACUUCUAUUGACGUUGUUCAGCUGCCCUAUCUGGUUGCGCGAUCUUGGCUGGAAAUCGUCGUCAUCAUUAUUCUCAAGCACGAUUUUGACCAUCCGGCAUUGCAUCCCUUGAAUUCGAGGCUUGUCGACACCGUAAAAAGACUGGUUGACAACAUUCGCAAGGAUGUCAACCAAGAACUUUGUCAAUUAUCCCUGUCCGUUUCUCAUGCCCUACUGCAAACGAGGGGGAAUUGGGCCACUAAGAUAUUGAGCCGUCAGAUAUUCGCAAUCUCUUCCAUGGUUGUCGACUUAGAUCUGAAGCCGGAGCACGUAUUAGUUGCUCAAGGAAUCGCAUUUCUGGAAUCAGCGUUCGAGAAAUUCAAUGAUCCUCUUCCGCAUCGGUUUUUUGAUGUUCUCUCAACAAUUAUCAAGUCAUCUGCUUCGCAAUCGGAGGAAACACUGCCCAAUGAGAUUAUCCGGACUGUGCUGGAGAAAAUGUUUGAUCUUCGAGAGGGCGAAACUGACCGAGAUCUCUUUGCAUCUGUCGGGCCCAUCAUUCGUAAUCUUGCCGAUUUUGUCGUGCGUGUUCACCACAAGAAUCUCUCAAAUCGCUUACUACAAGAUAUUGCGUUGGGCCUAACGAAUAUAGCUCGAAAAACUGCAGAGUGGCCAUCCUCGGCCUUCAACCCAAAUCCCCUUUUUUUCAUGGUUACCACCAUCAUACAGCACAAUAAGGCUCGAUGCAAGGACAUUCUACUUCAUCUGGAAACAUUACUGAGAGCAUGCCUCGUGCGCUUCGAUGUGCACGAGGAGAGUUUAGACUACCUAUUCAAGGUCACUGGGAGUUUGAUUUCCAGAACGAACAGUGUGCAGUUUGACUUACCCCCUCAACACCUUCCCCUUGCUGUGGUGGACACAUUGGUUGAAGAAUUGAAGGGCCGCGGUCGUUCAUCAGUCGCAACAUUGCUAGCGAUGCUUCGCACUGUUUCCGCCUGUUUGAUCUCGGAUCCUUCCAUAUUUACAGCAGACGCGCAAUGGAGGCUUGCUAACUCCGCUGCAGCCUACUUGGAGUUAUCUCAUGCAACGGAGCGUUUCACAGAUUAUCAUUUCAAAUGCUUGGUCGUCGUCAGUCACAUCGUGCUUACGGCCUCUGAAGAGCCUUUUGGUAACAGCAUCAUAAAUGAUGUGAUGGGCAGCAACUCCAACAGGAAUGACGUCUCCCUAAGAUGCUGGGCUGCACUAGGGCUUGCUGCACUGGAGACGCCCCGACACCGGUUAACCAUGCUCCAGCAUGUCGCCAAUUUUGGGCUCUCAUACUCCAAGACCCUGCAGCAUCUUGCAUAUCCUGAAGCGGUUUCAGGAUGGGCCCCAGUUGCUGCUGCAGCUAUGAGCAGCGCCUUUGCAGCAAUGAAAAUUUGGAUUCUCUUAGCAUGGAACGAAGACGUUCUAAUUGAGGAACCUGACGAGGCCUGUAGUUUCGAGCGCAUAGUCUGGAAUGAAGUAUGGCCUCCUUUCGAGAAGGUUAUCAAUGUUUCCAUGUCCUCAUCUUUUGAUCCGUCUUUGCCAAUUACUUCUGUGAUUUGGGGAUCCUAUGUGGAUCUGGUCAUCUUCCUGAUGAGCUAUCGCUCCAUUCUCAUGGUGGAUACGUCUGUCACGCAUGCGCUCUUAUUGGAGAAGCUCUCUGCUACUACUUCUGAUGCAAUGCACCAGAAACUUGCUCGAGCGUUGCAGGCAAUCCAACAUCCUCCACCUCAAGUUCCCCGCGCACAACUUAUUAACAGGGCCAGAUCUGACCUUCUGGCGUCAGAGAAGUUGACGCAGCGUCUCCAGAUACUGGGUCCAAAAGAACAAGUUGUCAAGAGAGCCACAGGAUAGGCGGAGGGACCAUAGAACUAGUUAAUACAUAUUUCGGAAUCGUCAGAACAACGCAGAUGAUAAUACAUGGA